AUUAUAAAAAAAUGAAUGCUAAAGUUGUUAAACAAGUACUUGAAAAACACUAACCAUAAUUGGAUAAAGAAUACUAAAACAAGUUGCAAAUAGCUAAAUAUACUAAUUUAUCUGAUAUAGAAAAGAGCAAUUUUAUAUAAAGUUCAGGUAUUUAAAUAUUGGAGUUUAUAGGUUUUGAUCAAUAAAACAUAUGUUUUUUAUUUGAUGGAAAUAUAUAACAUGAAUUUGAUCACAAUAAGAUUGAAUAUCAUAUAAUAAAUAGAUUAGAUAAUAAAAUAGAUCAAAAGUAUAUUUGAUGGCAAUAUAAUUAGUACUUAUACCAUAGUAUAUAUAGUAGCAUAAAAAGAUGGAUAAGCAUAAUUAAGUAGAUUUCGAAAGAUGUUAAAAUAACUUCCAAGCAAAUACUAUACUCAAUUAAUAUAGUUUUAUUUAUAUUAAGCAAGUUUGAUGAUCAAAACAGGACUAUGGUUAAAUACUUCAAAGAGAGGAUAAUUAUGGUAUAAGAAAACUAAAUAUAUUGAUGAGUAUGCUUAAACUUAUUUUAAGAGUAGAAGAUCUACUGAAAAUACCUAAUUUUUAAGCCAGUUGGAUUAAUUUUGUGCCUUAGUCAAAUUAAUUCAUAGAAUAGUAAGAGCCAAAUCAACUAAUAAAAUAAUAAGAAGGGCCUUUUGGCUCAAAUUUGACAGAUUAAAAAUUAAAUCAAUUUGGAAUUCCAAUAAUACUUGAUUGUUUGCUGUCUUAUUUUGUAACAAACGCCGAUAGAUUUUUAAAACCAAAUAUUUUUAGAAAAUAAGGUUCAAUAAAUGAAGAAGAAUAAUUAUAUACAUUGUUAAAUAAUGAGAAUUAUGAAUGUUUGAAUGUAGUAGAGGAUGCACGAAUAGUAUGUAGUAUGAUAAAGAGAUUUUUUACAUCAUUACCAGAUCCGUUAAUUCCAUAAGACCUUUUAAAAUUUAUAUGUAAUUAAAUAGUAUGUAAGUUGCUAUUAAAAAAUAAUUAGAAAUAACUCCUUAAACAGAGAUAGCAUUAUUAGAAGAAGUAUUUGGAAAAUUACCUGGAUUUAAUAGAGUAUUGUUGACAGUAAUGGUAAGUUUUCUGUAAUGUGUUGGUAAUUAUUCUGAAUUUAAUCAUAUGAAUAUGAAUAAUUUGGCAAUAGUUUUUGCUCCUUGUUUUAUGAGAGCAUAAACAAAUGAUAUAUCAUCAUUAGAAUAAAUAGGAUAAUCAGUCAAAUUUCUAAAAAUAUUAUUUGAUAACUUUGAUAAGAUGUUUCCAAAUGUUACAUUUAAAUUAUUUUUACAGUAAAAAUAAACUUAAUCUUGUUCAUCAACUAGUAGUAAUAGUUCAACAGGUACAGAAACUAUAUCCAAAAAUAAGAUUCUUUCAUCAUCAGAAGAUGAAAUUGUUUCUGAGUUCUAAUAAAAGUAGCAAUGA